AUGAAGUUCUCUACCACCCUCGUUGCUCUCGUUGCUGCCGGUCUGGCCAACGCUCAGCUUCCUGAUGUUCCCACUUGCUCGCUGAACUGCUUCGUCACUGCUCUGACCUCUGAUGGCUGCUCGGCUCUGACAGACUUCGCCUGCCACUGCCAGAAGCCCGCCCUGGUCUCCAGCAUCACUCCCUGCGUCCAGAAGGCCUGCGACGUUGCCGACCAGAUCUCCGUCUCCAACGCCGUCGUCGCCCAGUGCUCUUCCGCCGGCCACCCGAUCGUGGUUCCCCCGAUUGAGACCACCACCUCCGGCGCCAGCUCUUCCACCAGCAGCAGCGCUCCCUCCUCCACCAGCGCCAGCGCCACCGGAACCAGCAGCGGUAGCUCCAGCUCCAGCUCCAGCUCCAGCUCCAGCGCCAGCGAGUCCUCCUCCGCCUCUGCCUCCGCCAGUGGCUCCUCGUCCGGUUCUUCCGUGACUGCCACCAGCUCUGCUGCUGCUGGCUCGUCCACUGCUGGCUCCGGCUCCACUCCGGCUGGUACCUCGACCCCCAUGGGCACCAAGACCGGCUCCGGCUCUGCUGCCACCACCUCGCCUGCCUUCAACGCCGCUGUCGGCAUCAAGGGUAACAUGGCCGGUGUUGCUGCUAUUGCCGCUGCCGCUGCCUAUGUUCUGUAA